CAGUAUUGGAAAAGUAGGCCUAUCUCAUUUAGGGUAAAUAAAUGUUAACAACUAUGUUAUUACAUGGAGAACAUUCAUUACAGUGAGUGUCAGGGUCAACAUGUCAUUUUAACAUGGCAGUAAAAUGGAAGAGGACAAUAUGUCUACUAUAAUGAGCAAUGACAGUUCUCUAAUCAAAUGUACUACUUCGCAUUACUCACAAUAACAAAUGUGCUAGGUGAAAUUGAUUAUAAAACCAAUUAGAUCUUCAAAUGAUCAUGUCAAUCCAACUGGACAGACAGGAAAGGAAAGCAAAUUGGACUCAUCAUUUGGUGUCCCUCAACUGAAGACGUCUCUUCAUCAUCCAUUUGGUUCAUGGAGAUUGGGCUACCUCUACAGCGCAGGGGACUGGAGCGCAUUUCACACAUGAUUACGUUCAUACGUUGACUAAUUUCAGUCAUCCACUCCGCACUGAAUAAACAACACCGCCCCAAUCUCCCCUUGGUUGUUUGUUUUAAGUGAAGAGCGAUCCAUCGCAGAGCGCCGGGCUCGAUUGACACUGUCUGAUGAUCUGCUACUGCGGCUGGCUCAGAAUAACAAGGCUGUUCGCUAAUACCAGUCUAUCGGCCAAAACACCGAGCGAAUAGGAUCCAAAAAAGCCAACAAGGCAAGCAAGAACGCCGCGCCGCCGAAGUCCGCACCGCAGGAUGGCUUCCGGAGACCUUUACGAGGUGGAGCGGAUCAUGGACAAGCGGCGCAACAAGAAGGGCAAGUGGGAGUACCUGAUCCGGUGGAAGGGUUACGGCAGCAAGGAGGACACCUGGGAGCCUGAGCACCACCUGCUGCACUGUGAGGAGUUCAUCGACAGCCUGCGUCUACACACCCAACACAAGCAACCCAAACCCCCCAAGCUGCCCCCUGGAGCGGCAGGGGGACCAGGGAGGCCGGGAGGGGCCCCAGGGGGGGUUGGACCACACCUCCUCACCGCCUGUCCUCCAGCCCCAGACACCCCGAGAGCACGAGCAGAGGCACGCAAGAAGAAAAGGACUAGUGGUAGUACAGGGGCCGGGGUUAAUCCUGGGGCAGGAGUAAGGGUGGACAUGGGUUUGGGGGUUGGCACUGGAGCUUCUCAGAAGCAGAAGAAGGUGAGCGGAGGAGGAGCUGGAGGAGGAGGGGGAGGGAAGCAUGUCUCUCCACACAGGAUGACCAAAGCUAUGCCGUACAAGGCUCCUCCGGGGGGACUGCAGUUUGUGCCCCCAGUAAGGGGCCCUCAUAACGGACUACAGAACGGAGAGGUGGACCCUGACCUGUACAGGGCAGCAGCCAGGACACACAGACUGCCCCAGGACACGGUAGAGAUGGUGAUGGGGGGCGUGGAGACCACCGGGACACCACUGGUCAAUGAACUAGGCUCCACACUCUCCAACGGUGAGAUGAAUCUGCACAGUUCUGUGAAGAGGAAGCUUGGAGAGGACAAAGGCUACGUGUUCGACAAGCGGCUUAGGUACAACGUGCGGCAGAACGAGUCCAACUGUCGAUUCCGUGACAUUGUUGUCAGGAAGGAGGAGGGUUUCACGCACGUACUGCUCUCCAGCCAGACAUCUGACAACAACGCACUAACACCAGAGAUAAUGAAGGAGGUGUGUCGGGCUCUGGGCAACGCAGCAGCUGAUGACAGUAAGCUGUUGCUGCUCAGUGCUGUGGGGAGUGUCUUCUGCAGUGGCCUGGACCCAUCCUACCUGAUAGGACGCCUCUCCACAGACCGCAGGAAAGAGAGCAGCCGCAUUGCUGACGCUGUACGGGACUUUGUGCUUGCGUUUAUCCACUUUAAGAAGCCCAUCGUGGUGGCCAUCAACGGGCCUGCCCUGGGCCUGGGGGCCUCUAUCCUGCCCCUAUGUGACGUGGUGUGGGCCAGCGAGCGGGCCUGGUUCCAAACGCCCUGUGCCGCUCUCCGCCUCACCCCCUCCGGCUGCUCCUCCUACACCUUCCCCCAGAUCCUUGGAGUGGCUCUGACCAAUGAGAUGCUGUUCUGCGGGAGGAAGCUUACGGCACAGGAAGCCUGCAGCCGGGGCCUGGUGUCACAGGUCUUCUGGCCAACCACGUUCAACCAGGAAGUGAUGCUGCGCGUAAAGGAGAUGGCCACCUGCAGUGCUAUGGUUCUGGAAGAGUCUAAAUGCCUGGUGCGGAGCAUCUUGAAGUCGGUCCUGGAGGAGGUGAACGAGAAAGAGUGUCAGAUGCUCAAACAGCUGUGGUGCUCCACCAAGGGACUGGAUGCGCUCUUCAGCUACCUGCAGAACAAGGUGUAUGAUAACUGACCUCUGACCUGUGACCUCUCACUUCCACGCACCUGCAGAACUGGGCCACGAGAUCUGGUCUUCAGUUACCUACUGAGCAACAUCCCUGAAGAUAUAGGGCUUUGGUCUUCAGUUACCAACAGUCUUCUUUAACAACCAGCAGAGCGCAGUUUGCCAGUCUCCGAGGCCUUAGCUCCGCUCGUCAACAUCUGGGCCUGCAGAGCACCAUCAUCAAUGGGUUUUUUACUUUGGUCAUCCCUCAACUUCCCUGCCUGUAAGAGGGGAUCCACAAGGCCUACUGUUUUCUCUCCUGUGGGUCAAGCAUCACCUUCUGGAGAGGAUUAAUGUGUAGGAUUCAUUCUGCAUUCAUAUUGGCUGGCUGGGAGUCUAGUCAACCCCUUCCUGAGGAAGCAUUGACCUGGAACAGGAAGCCAUGACACUGAACAAGGCUCUUCAGGAAAUGGAGGCACAGCGCCAGAAUGUUGUGUGAGUGCUGGAGGCAAAAGAGCUCAUCUGAUGGCUAAUGUCAUUGUUCAAUUAUUUAUUUGAAAAUGUAUUUAGAUUUUAUCCUAAAUGCAAAAAAAGGAUACCAAGUGUAUAUAUUUUCCAUUAGUCUGCUGUUUUUUUUUGUAUCUUGCUCUAGUCUUUCUGUUUUGAGGUGGUGGGUCCACCUGGGCUCUGAGGUGUAGUGAAAAUCAAAGCUAUGCUUGAGAUCAGAGUAGAACACAGAUUUUCUCACCUUACAUUCCAUCCUCUCGUUAUGGACAGAGUUGGACAGUGCAGUAACCCUGGCCAAAGAUCCAUUGAAUUAGGUGUGGUGUAACUGGAGUGCCACUGGGGAAGAGUUAGAGGUAAUGCCCAAUGAUACACACCCAUAAGUGGGAAGUCACUGUGAAUGGGCAGUGUUGACAGUGAACUCUUUAUGGAUUUAUAAAGACCGUUUUGUGAUGCUCUCUUGGAAGUGUUUAUUCAAUUGCUUGUAUUUGGUUUGUCAGUAAGGGUGUGUUUGACCUCUGAUUGAUUGUGGAUGUGUAGAAGGGCCCUCUUUGACCACGACCAGCACUCUCAUAGAGAACCAGAGCUGUCUGAUUGCAUCUUUUCAUUUGAAUGUGGACACUGUUGAUAGAUCAACAGGAGACCUCUCCCUGGCAAAUGAGAGAGAGAGAGAGAGAGAGAGAGAG